AUGUCCGGCCCUGGGAAGGAGACCACGGACGGUCGGUCGAUGCAGUCGCGAACAGGGAGAAAUAAGCAAAGAUACAACUCUAAAGGCGAGCGACUAGUUGCUGGGGUGGUCCCCUUAAGCCCCGAUCAGAAUUUCGUCCUGCUUAUACAGUCGACGCGACGCAAGGGCUGGGUGCUCCCGAAAGGAGGAUGGGAGACAGACGAGACUUGCGAGGAGGCGGCGACUCGCGAGGCCUGGGAAGAGGCCGGGAUUACCAUACAGAUUGACUACGAUUUGGGCACCAUCGACGAAAAACGCCCGCCAAAGUCAUCCAAGGACAGGGCCAGGUACUCAUUCUUCCAGGCAACCGUGCUGGCCGAGAUCGAGGACUGGCCGGAAAAACACAAAAGAGAACGCCAAUGGUUUACCUAUGGGCAAGCUUUAGACAUAUUGUCAUCAAGACCUGAACUCCAGGAGGCACUUCAACGCUCAACCAUGAACCAGCUGUAG